AUGAUCCUGACGGUUCUUUUCUCGUUGGCGGCAACAGCCUUUGCCGUUCCUCUACCGCGUUCUGUUCAAGGAGACAUGUGGACGCAAAUAUGUUGUGAGGAGAACGAUUUGAACAAGAAUGGCGGAAUUUCUUUCCGAGAAUUCACUCCAUUUGCACUGAAGCUUAUGAAUCUCAACCGAGCAGAAUUGGAGCGUCUAUUCCUUGCUGGUGAUAUCGACCGUAACAGCGAAUUAGAUGGUGAGGAGUGCAUUCCGAUGAGGAGCACUCUGAAGUCGACAUUGAGAGAGAAGAGCGAGCUGUUGCUCAAAAAGUACGAUAGCGAUGGCGAUAAUAACCUCAGUCUACAGGAAGCGAGCUCGAUGGCAAAGAAGGAAUUCGGAGUCCCUUCUGACGACCUGUUCGCUCUUUCCGAUCAGAACAGAGACCAAGCAAUUAGUGCUGGUGACGAGAUGACGGAUUUGAUGGUGAAACUGCGGAUCACGAGCGCUCAGCACUGGACAAGCUACACUAUCAGUGGGGAAAUAAACGUUUUGGUUCAUUGGUGGUUGUGGUGUAGUGUGUGUUCAGUAAUAACAUUCCUAAAAUAA